AUGGAUGAGCUAAUAAAAGAAAUCGAAAAGCUCACCAAAGUAUCAAGGAUUCUUCAACCAGAGCAGAUGAUUAUGACAAAUCUCAACAAUCUUGAUCAAUAUCUUAACGAAAAUAUUACUCAAGAUCAAUAUAAAAAAAUUGAACACGCAUUAUUGUCUUUAUUUUCAAUAAACUCUGGAAAUUUCAGUAUUCCAUGUGCAUUACAAAUAGCUUGUUCAUUAGUUUCCUUAUACAAUUGCGUAAAAACUCCACAAUUUUUCGAUUUAUUUUCAUUAGUUGUCGAAAAGCAAACUACUAUUGCAACUAUCAUUGCUACUGGCUAUGUAAUCCGUUAUCAAGGUCAGCAUGCAAAAUCUCAAUUACCAAGAUUUGUCGAACAUAUUUUGAAGCAAGGACAGAAUCUAGACUUCGCAGUUGUAUAUGCUCUUAGAUGUGUAUUCAAAACAGGCAGCAAAACAAUAGAAAAAUUCGUUCUUCCUGCUUUUCAAUUUGCAAAACGCGCAAUUAUGUUGCCAAGACAGACAACAAUACUCGCCUGCUUGAAACUAUUCAAAAUCUUGCUACGAUUUAAUACAUUAACGCCAGAAAUGGUUUUUGAGUGUAUUUCCUCAAUAUUAAGAGAAGAUCAAUUUCCUGUUAUCAAAAACGAGAUAGCAUCACUUGUUGCACGAUGUGCUUUCAUACCGAUCUCCCAUUCCAUUAAAAACAACAAUCAACAAAAUGAAUGGGCAAUUGGCGGAGAAAAAGACAAACCAAAGCAAUUAUUCGCGAAACAACUCAAAGAUAUCAAAGGAUUUCCUAUUAUUAUGGACAUGUCGAUUAUGCAUUUCUUAGAUUUGAUUACUCCUGAAAUGAUUGCACAAGAUAGUCAAACAAUAUUCACAUUCAUCAGAAGUAAGUCCGAAGCCAACUUACAGCGCCUUAUUCCGAUGCUUCCAGAAGAAUUUCGAAAUGAACAUUUCAAAAACAUCCUGAAAGAGGUUCCUUCUCCCAUCCAACUGCAUCUCCUCUCGAUGAUGUCCCCGGAUAACGGCUCGGUUCAUAGCAUUGCCCGUGCCGCAGUCGAUCUUUCGUUCACAAACAACAAACUCUUCAGAAGAGUGGCCAUUGACUUCUUCGUUACAUUUUCUAAGGAACAGCCAAAGGCAGCAAACGAGUUUUUGGCCGAAUCUUUGAAGUUUUUGAUAGAAGAUAACACAAAUAACCUUUACAAGACCCGCAGAAUGGGAUAUAUUGCUAAGACUAUCCUUAACAAUAUCAAUGCCGCUGGUCCUUUGAUUUCAGAUAACAGAGAAACAAUAAAUCAGUUGAUUGAACAGACUUUUUCAUCAUUUAGCAUCGAAUCACCUAAAUGCUGUGCUGUCCUUCACAUAUUAUCAGCAUUACCUGAGGAAUUUGGUACAAUGGACGUUGUUUCUAACUCAAUUUCUAAUAUUAUUUCACAAUUAAAGGGAAAUCUCUCAAAUCAAGGCAAGAAGACACUCAAAGCCAUGAUAAUAUUCAGAAGCGUGAUACAGGAAGAAAAUUCAUGCAAAUCUCUAGUUGAUUUAAUAUUAAAUAAUUUCCAGAAGCUUCCGAUACCUGUAAUCAAGGCAUUAUGUGAGAUUGUACCUAAAUAUCUCCAAUCCACACAGCAGGCAACUCUUGUCGCUGAAAAAAUCAUCGAAAGAACAACAUCUCUCAAAAUUUCAACAGAUCUUAUCAAAAACUUCAUAAAGAGACCGUUACCAACCGGUUUAGACCUUCUCAAACUUCCGACACCUUUAACUCCUCAACAAAUCAGAGAUCAACAAGUUUUAGAGCGAAUUGUCCUCAAUUUCCCAUCAUUAUUCAACUCUUGUUCAGAAAACAGCCGCGUAAAGAUCUAUGACAAGCUAAUUCACCUCGUAAACGUUGCUCCAAUCGCAAGAUUAUAUCUUUUAGCAAUUUGUCAGUCAGAGUUCUCAAAUUCAUUGCCAACGAGUGCUCUCAACUACUUUAUACAGCAAUGUAACACGAAUAACCUUUCUACUCUUCAACUUUCCGCAGAAUCUGUUGGAUCUUUUCUUGUCGGACAUCCGAACUCAUUAAAUAACGUCAUUUCAUACGUAGAGAAACUAAAUACGAUGAAUGGCUGUUUCAUUAUGUCCGCAAUUUCAUCUUAUGUUUCUUUUGAUCGAGAUAACCUUCUCAGAGCGUUUAUCUACAUAUCCUGCAAGAUUCGCGAUCAAAAGUUGCUUGCGUUCGCUGCAUUGGCACUCUCUUCUUUGUGUUAUAACAAUAUGAUGAAUAUUGUUGAGCUAGGAAUUUCAUCGGACAUGCUUAGCGUCAUUUUCCAAGCAUUGCAGAACACAGCUGCCAUGCAACCGAUUGUCGUUAACCUCCUUUCAGCCGCAUUUUCCAUAAUGAUUGAGACAAUUUCCGUUGAAUUGCAGUCUAACAGUCUUUUAGUUGACUUAGUCUUCUGCAUCAUCAACUCCAUAAGGAAUAUCCCCAUUUCCUACUCCCACGAAGCAUUUUAUUCCGUAGCAAAAUCGCUUUUCACAUUUGCCUAUUCAAUUUCGAACAAUUUGACGAUAAAAUAUCCAAUGUACGAAGGCAGUCCAACAGAGAUACAAUUAUCAGCUUGUGACUGUUUCAGCAUCUCCGGGAAAUUUAAUAAAAUGAAUUUGGACACUUCGGCCAUGUUAUCAAAAAUUUUGUCACUUUUACAAAGAACAUCCGAUGACAGAGCGUCCAAUUUCAUUUUAACGAUGGCGAAGAUGUCAGAAGACACAGGAUUCUGGAUUUCCAACAUCAGGAGAAUCCUUUUGACGUCAAGUCUCUUGGAGACACAAAGUAGUACGAUAGAACCGACUCCAACCGUCAAAGAAUGUUGUUUAAAGGUUUGUCUUAUUCUUUUGGGCCAAAUAAAGAACUGCGAGACCUUAAACACCGAGCAUUUAGACGAUAUCAUCUCUUCCGCCUGCAAAGCAACAAACACUGAUUUGUUGCAAUUGCAAAUGACAGCGUUUCCUGUUUUGCAAAAAGUUAUUGAACUUUUCAAAUGUGUCAAAACCGAAGAAGGAAAUAACUUGUUGAGUCUUUACGACUCCCAAUUCGCACAAGCUGUGAAAAGCGGUUUCUCUCUCGAUCUCUCUGUCGCAGGGAAGUUCCUCUACAGUUAUCUGACUUUCAACACAGAGAACAUCGAAAUGACAACCUCAAACAUUUUGAAAACUUAUGUUGACGGUUUGUCAAAUUGUAAACAACGAUCACAACCGUUUUUCGAAUUGUCCACACACUUGUGCACGAGUGCAAGGAACUCUCCUGUCAUUUUCGAAGAGAUAAAGGACUUCUUGAAGACUUUGACACCAAUGAUGUCAAAAAUUGUCACUCAAUCAAUGUCACUUUUUAAGAAUUUAACUGAUUGGCGUCAAAACAGCAAAUUCAGGGAGUUUUCUCAGAGUUUCUAUCCAGAGAUGCUUCCUAAUUUCGUUUGGCUGCAGAGUUUCAGUGAAAUUCUCAUUGAUUACCAAGUUUUGGUUUCUUUCUUUUUGAUAGAAAUCUCUUUCCAAAGAGAGAAAUGGUUGUUCGACGCUGCUUUCGACUCUCUAAAAUUCGUGUUCACUUUCGCAGCCCAGAAAAUCAACCCAGAAUUAAUAGAACUAUCAAUAAGAACUGUAAUGCCUUACCUCAAAAAUUUGUCAAAAGAAACCACUGUCAGUUUUAUAAUUGGCUGUGCAAAAACUUUACAAAAAGGUGACAAAUAUGACAAUUUGAGGUAUUUGAUUUUGAGCAUCUCUUUGGAUGAAAACUUGUUCGAUUCGACUGUUAUUUCUUACGUUGUUUUUACUGAUCAAAAUAAUAUUUUGGAAAAAUUUGUGCCAACAAUUUCAAAAUUUUUGACAAAAAGUGUCAAUUCCAAGUUUACAACCAUUGAAAAAUGUGUAUCAUUGUAUUCCUUGUUAUCCAUACAUUACAAGAAAAUGGUUGGCCAGAUUAUUCCUGAUAUUUUAUCGUUGCAAAAUUCAAUUGAAAAUGAUUAUUUAUUAGAAAUCUUAAAUAAUUGUUUGAUGAAUUUCGAAGGAGAAUUUCCGAUUGAUAUCAUGGCCCGUUUCUGCAUCCAAAUCUUUAGAAGAGGUGGAAUGCUGUUAAUAGCAAGAUUGUUAAUUAGCCGGCCAAAUAUAGGUAUCGUCUUUUUACAAAAUGGCGGAAUGAAGUCUUGUUUCUUGAUGGCGAUGAAUGAUUUCAGUAAUUUCGCUGUUUACGGAAGAUUUAUUGAAUUGGCAAUUUCUGUUUGUCAGAAAAGUGACAAAACCGUUUGUUUAAUGUUAUGUGAAUCAGUUACAAGACUUGUUUGCAAACUAAUUGUUCAGUACGGAAAUGAUGUUAUGAAAGGCCAUCAAACUGUUCAAUUAUGUGUUUCUCUUCUCAAGAAAUGUCAGGAAAUAUUAAAUGACGAAAAAUUCCUUUCGAUUCUUUUGUCAAUCGACUCUUUCGACAGACAGGAUGUUGUUAAAAUGCUGGAGAUACAUAUACAGAAGGCUGCAAUAAAGAAGAAGGCAAAACAACUCGCUACUUUCUCUUCAAACACAAGAGCAAGAAAAUCGGAUGAUUGGCAGACUUUGGAGUUAUCUGAUGAUGAUUAA